CUCCCCGCGCCCCGCGGCGCGCGGCCAGUGCGCAGGCGCGGCGGCCGAUGCGAGUGUGUAUGUGCGGGCGAGAAGAUGGCGGCGACAGGGGUAGCAGCGUGAGGAGUCGGACGAGCGUGGAGGCUCAUUGAAACGGGCCGCCAUGGCCCUCCACGGCCCACAGUAUAUUUUUGGAGAUUUUAGCCCUGAUGAAUUCAAUCAGUUCUUUGUGACUCCUCGCUCUUCAGUUGAGCUUCCUCCGUACAAUGGAACAGUUCUGUGUGGCGCACAGGCUCCAGAUGAACUACCUGAUGGACAGGAAUAUCAGAGAAUCGAGUUUGGUGUUAAUGAAGUAAUUGAACCCAGUGACACUUUGCAGAGAACUCCCAACUACAGUAUUUCAAGCACAUUGAACCCUCAGGCCCCUGAAUUUAUUCUUAGUUGCACAACUUCCAAAAAGACCCCAGAUGACAUAGAUAAAGAAGCGAACUACAGCUCCAUUGACUGCCAGUACCCAGGCUCUGCCCUUGCUCUGGAUGGCAGUUCCAACGCUGAGGCAGAAGGUCUGGAAAAUGAUGGUGCCUCGGGUGGUCUUGGACAAAGGGAGCGUAAGAAGAAGAAAAAAUGUCCCCCUGGAUACUAUAGUUACUUGAAAGAUGGCAGUGAGGGCGGCAUUUCCACGGAAGCCCUGGUCAAUGGCCAUGCUAACCCAGCAGUCCUGAACAGUGUAGGCACAGAGGAUGCCGAGUUGGUGGGCGAUGUGCCCCCACUGGGGACACCCAGGACUUGUAACAGCCCUCAGGACUCCACGGACUUCAUCAGUGACGCCGUUCAUGGUGGUUCUUUCCCUGGAGCCCUGGACAGCAAUGCCAGGACUGCAGGGCAGCCGGAAGGCUGCCAGGGGCCUGAAUUGGAACAGUCAUGCCUCCCUGCAGAGGCUGGCAGGGACAGCCUGUUGAGGACAGCUGUGGCUCAGCCUUACGUUGGGGCUGAUACUACUGAAAACCUUGGAGUUGCUAAUGGACAGAUACUUGAAUCCUCUGGUGAGGGCUCAGCUGCCAACGGGGUGGAGUUGCACACUGUGGAAAGCACGGACUUGGACCCAGCUAAAGCUGAGAGCGUGUCCCCUCCUGCCGACGCCCUGACCUGUGUUGCGGGCGCCGCUCCCAUCAGUCAGCCUGCUAAGUCAUGGGCCAGUCUUUUCCAUGAUUCUAAGCCCUCUUCCUCCUCGCCCUUGGCUUCCAUGGAAACUAAGUAUUCCCCUCCUGCCACAUCUCCCCAUGUCUCUGAAAAGCAGGCGGAAGUCAAGGAAGGGCUUGUUCCAGUUUCAGAGGAUCCCGUAGCCAUAAAGAUUGCAGAGUUACUGGAGAAUGUAACCCUAAUACAUAAACCAGUGUCAUUGCAACCCCGUGGGCUGAUCAAUAAAGGAAACUGGUGCUACAUUAAUGCUACACUGCAGGCACUGGUUGCUUGCCCUCCAAUGUAUCACCUGAUGAAAUUCAUUCCUCUGUAUUCGAAAGUGCAAAGGCCUUGCACGUCAACGCCCAUGAUUGACAGCUUUGUUCGGCUAAUGAAUGAGUUUACUAACAUGCCUGUACCUCCAAAACCCAGACAAGCUCUUGGGGACAAAAUUGUGAGGGAUAUCCGCCCUGGAGCUGCCUUUGAACCCACAUAUAUUUAUAGACUCUUGACAGUCAUCAAGUCGAGCCUGUCUGAAAAGGGUCGACAAGAAGAUGCUGAGGAAUACUUAGGCUUCAUUCUCAAUGGUCUUCACGAGGAAAUGUUGAACCUAAAGAAACUUCUCUCACCAAAUAAUGAAAAACUCACUAUUUCCAAUGGACCCAAAAGCCACUCAGUGAACAAGGAAGAACAGGAAGAACCAGGCGAAGGAAGUGAGGACGAAUGGGAGCAAGUGGGCCCCCGAAAUAAGACGUCAGUCACUCGCCAGGCGGACUUCGUUCAGACCCCAAUCACUGGCAUUUUUGGAGGACACAUCAGGUCUGUGGUUUACCAGCAGAGUUCAAAAGAAUCUGCCACUUUGCAGCCAUUUUUCACGUUGCAGUUGGAUAUCCAGUCUGACAAGAUACGUACAGUCCAGGAUGCGUUGGAAAGCUUGGUGGCAAGAGAAUCUGUCCAAGGUUACACCACAAAAACCAAACAAGAGGUUGAGAUCAGUCGAAGAGUGACUCUGGAAAAACUUCCUCCUGUUCUCGUGCUGCACCUGAAACGAUUUGUUUAUGAGAAGACUGGUGGAUGUCAGAAGCUUAUCAAAAAUAUUGAAUAUCCUGUGGACUUGGAAAUUAGUAAAGAACUGCUUUCUCCAGGAGUUAAAAAUAAGAACUUUAAAUGCCACAGAACCUAUAGACUCUUUGCAGUGGUCUACCAUCACGGCAGCAGCGCGACGGGUGGCCAUUACACGACAGACGUCUUCCAGAUCGGUCUGAACGGCUGGCUGCGCAUCGAUGACCAGACGGUCAAGGUGAUUAACCAGUACCAGGUGGUGAAGCCCACUGCCGACCGCACAGCCUACCUCCUGUAUUACCGCCGAGUGGACCUGCUGUGACCGCCUGCGCCACACGUGCCCAGCACCCGCUUCUAGGACGCCGACUCUCACUGACUCCCUUCCUCUCUUUAGUGGCGCUUUAGAGAGAAACUGUUUUUUCCCUUCUGCAAAAAUGGGCUCAAAUGAAAAGGAGAUGCCUUGGGGUUUGUGCGGAACGUACUUGAUGUUGACUUCUAACUUCCAAAUCAAAAUCACUUAGUGGAAACAGACUGUCGCUUGAUUUAAGAAAUUACACAAAAACCCAUAAUUUUGAAAUAAUGCUGAUUCCUGAGUAAGAAGGGGGGACUUGCAUUUGAUUCCCAGUCUAAUUGCUUAGUAGAAUAAAUCCUGCACCAGCAACAACACUUGUAAAUUUGUGAAAAUGAAUUUUAUCUUUCCUUAAAAAAAAAAUGAAUUUUUUAAUCCAUCACACUUUCCUUCCCCACCCUUUAGUUUUUGAUAAAUGAUAAAAAUGAGCCAGUUAUCAGAGGAGAAAUAGUGCUUACUUCAAAAGAAAAAAACCAAACACACAAAAAAAUAAGUUGCUGGUUCCUAACAGGAAAAAUACAUUUUAAUAAUUGUGCGAUGAGAAACUGCUUACAAACACAUUGCAGAUCAAAUAUUUGGAGUCAAGAUGUUAUUCACAUAGAUGGGUGAUUGCAACUUUAUUGCCAUUAAAAGAUUUCAAAUUGCAUUCAUGCUUCUGUGUACACAUAAUGAAAAAUGGGCAAAUUAAUGAAGAUUGAUCUUUUCCUUAAGUCUGCUCUGUUUAAUUCUGCUGCCUGCUCUUCUAUAAUGCUGCGUCUCUAAUUGUACACAGUUUAGUGAUACCUAGGAGUAUAAAGUUGUCGCCCAUCAAUAAAAAUCACAAAGUUGGUUUAA